AUGGCUUCACUCCUCUCCAAAGCCCACGACCGUCUCCUCGUCAAAAAGCACUGCGCAGACGGAACAACCGAGCCAGCUGAUUUUCUCGACAAUGACUCCAUCCGCCCAACGCCCGUUAAGGACCGCACCUGGACAUCCAUCACAUACUCUGCCUUUUGGUUUGCCGCCACAGCGAACGUCAGUAACCUGUAUGCAGCCUCUACCGGCCAGUCUGCUGGUCUGAGUAUGUGGGAAGCUCUGGCAUGUUCGCUCGGCGGCCAGUUACUCGCUGGUUGUCUCAUGGCGCUGAAUGGUCGCGCUGGUGCCCUCUACAGAAUACCCUUUCCUGUUGCGUGUCGAGCGAGCUUUGGGACUUGGGGUGCGCUGUGGCCGACGUUUAAUCGGGCUGUUAUGUCGAUUGUUUGGAAUGGUGUGAAUGCUGUGCAGGGAGCGCAGUGUCUAUAUGUCUUUCUUCAUGCCAUAUUUCCCUCCAUCGCCAAUAUUCCCGACAUCAUGGGCUCCAAAUCCGCCCUCAACUCGGCACAGAUGCUCUGCUUCUUCCUCUACUGGCUUAUCAACUGCGCCUUUCUCUUCGUCCCCGUCCCCCGCAUGAGAAAGCUCGUUCAUAUCAAAGUCGCUGUCUACUUCGCCGCCACCAUUGCCUUCGUAGCUUGGACACUAUCACAGUCCGGCAGCGUCCGCAAGACAUUGACUGAGCCAUCAACCGUCAAAGGCUCUGAAAAGUCCUGGUUGAUCCUGAAGUUCUUCUUUCUGGGUCUCGCCAGUUGCGGCACCUUCAUCUCCAAUGCAUCUGAUCUGCAACGAUAUGCCUCUAAGCCAAGCGACGUCAUUGCUGGUCAGGUGUUCAGCUUCCCGAUGUCCAACUUCUUGGUCGGUGUGUUUGGCAAUUUGAUCGCGGCUGCUAGCAAGGGUAUCUUUGGCGAGGUCAUCUGGAACCCGCUUACAACUCUUGACAUGCUUAUGCAGGGCGAUCGUCAUACAUCUGCGAACCGCGCGGGAUGUGCAUUGAUCUCGUUUGCUUAUGUUUACUCAACUGUGUUCUCCGCUAUUUUCGAGAACUCCAUUCCCGCCGGAAACGACAUCGCAGCCCUCAUGCCCAAAUACAUCACGGUGAAGCGUGGCUUCUUUAUCUGUGCAAUCAUCUCGUACGCCAUUUGCCCAUGGUACCUGCUUUCAUCUGCGGCCGUCUUCAUCAACUUCCUCAGCUCGUAUCAGAUCUUCCUCAGCGCCAUCACAGGCAUUCUCAUCUGCGACUACUACCUCCUCAGGCGCGGCGUCUUCGACAUUCCCAUGCUUUAUUCUGGCCACAAGGACUCUACCUACCACUUCUUCCACGGCUUCAAUCUCAGAGCGUUCGUAGUCUAUUUAAUUGCCAUUGCACCCAACUUCUAUGGAUUCCUUUACCAAAUGGGUGUCAGCGCACCACUGGGCAUUCAGCGGUUCUACUAUGUUGCGUAUCCCGUAGGACUAUUUCUGGCGUUUGGAAGCUUUUGGCUCAUAAACACAGUCUUCCCGAGUAAGAAUAUUCCAAAGGUCUCGGGCUGGAAGGAGCCCAAGGACUUUGUGGAGACUCAUGAUGGUACCUUUGUCAAUGUCGUGAUUGACUCGUCUGAUGCUGCCUCUGGGGAUCAGGAGAUGGGUAACGCUCAGAAAUCUGCCAUGGAGAAGUUUUGA